UAAAAGGUUAGGACAAGCACACACAUAUUGAUUCACGAUAACUAUACAUUUAUUCAUAAUUUCUGCUAAUAAAUCAUCGAUUUUAUCAGUUUAUUUUAUUUAAUACAGCCCUACUCUACAAUAUCUACACAUAUUAUGCGUACAACUACACUUCAUUCCGCCAAUAACUGAACCAAAUCAUCAACUUUUAUUUCAAUAAGUCAUGCUAUCUGAAUUAUUAGCAGAAAUUAUGAAUAAGUGUAGUUAUCGAGUUUUAAACAAAUCAAUAUAUGUGCAUGGUUAUCCUAAACUCCUAACCUCAAAUUGCCUCUUUCUAUUUUCGCCAGAUUUUUCUCCAGAAUUCUGGGCACUAACCGUCGCACCACUCCCACGAUAUAUGAAAAGGUUCUGUUACAGAUUCUGGCAAACUUCCAAAAAAUUCGACAGAAUUCUGAGCAUAAUAUCCUCACUUUUCUACCAGGGUAGCAGUCAAGGGUGUUGAAAAAUAGACAAAAACGUGUCUGGAAAAUAAUUAGCAUCACAUCACAUUAAUAAAAAAAUGAAAAAAUUAAGAAUCUGUUCAAGUUAUAAUGGUUUUCUAAUGGUUUUCAAAAUUUGUUCAUAAAGUAGAAAAAGCGUCCAGUGUAUGGAAAUAAUCGAACAAUUGGAAAAAAUGCGAAUAUUACAAGUACCUUUUAAGGUUUUGACUUGGAGUGGCGUGUGGAUGCCGGAAGACUGGACACAAAAUCAGAGAAAACUUAAAUACAAUCUAUUUUCUUUCGUUUGUAUUGGUUUGAUGACAAUACAAUCUUGUUCCCUCACUGUCUACCUGAUGAUGUCUAAAACCUGGUCACAAUUUGUUGAGACACUUUUUCUCAUACCUCCAGGAUUAUCAAAUCUACAAAAAAUUUUCGUUAUCAUGCUACAUCGUAAAAAAGUGAUAGAUUUAGUCAACAUGUUUGAGAAUGGUCAUUGCAUUCCGCGAACUGCCGAUGAAUGGUCUAUACAGCAAAGAUAUGAUGCAACAAUCAGAGUUGUUACAUUAGUUUGUUUUGUUCUUGUUAAUGUAACUAUGGUUAACAUGGUAACUACGCCAUUAUUUCUGAAGGCAGAUGAACGAAUAUUGCCUAUGAAAGUCUGGUUGCCUUAUAGCAUAGAAACUGAUUUCUUCUAUUGGUUAUCCUAUAUGCAUCAAACUUUGGGCGUUACGCUUGUAGGAAGCGGUAUAAUUGGUAGUACUUUAUUGAUUAACGGAUUUGUAUAUCAAGUUUGUUGUCAGUUCGAAAUUCUUAGUUCACGCUUAGAGAAAUUACCUCAAAUCAUUAGAAACUUGCGAUCACUAAAAAAGUCAGAUCACCUCGUUCAUCAGUAUGAACUGAAGUUAAUAAAACAAAUUGUUCAGCACCAUCUUUAUUUGUUCAGCAUUGCAGAAACGGUUAAUGAAAUUUUCAAAUCUGUAAUAUUUCAACAGUUUUGUGUUAGUUCCAUUGUCGUAUCUGCAAGUAUAUUUCAAUUGUCAACAAAGCCAGAUACAAAAACCGAAUUUAUAAUGGUUUUAUUCUAUUCAAUUUGCCUUCUUGUGGAAUUAUUUAUUUAUUGUUGGUUCGGUAACAAACUGAUGUUUGAGAGCUUAAAUUUUCAUCAGGCGGUUUACGAUGCUGACUGGACAGUAUUAAGUAAUGAGUCUGGUAAAGAUUUAAUGUUUAUAAUGAUGAGAGCGUCCAAACCAAUAAUUAUGUAUUGUGGACACUUUAUUGUUCUAUCGCUUGAAACUUUUUUAAGUAUUUUAAAAGUAUCUUAUUCGGUUUUCAAUGUAUUGAGACGAUCUCAUGGCUAAUGAUACUUAAUUACAAGAUCUUUAAUUGAAGAAUUGUUGUGUAGUGCAAUAAUAUGUAAUUUAUAAAUACUGUAUAGUGUAUAGAAAACUAUGCAUCUUGCAUAGUGCAAAUCUAUUAUAUUAGGAAAUUUAUAUAAAUAAAGCAGUUCAA